AUGCUGAGCGUGGUCUGUGCGCUACUACCAGACGACCCGUACGAGUUCAUGACAAACCAUGUCGCGUCAAACCGUCCUGCACCCCCUCCGCCAGAGAGCGGCCAACUGGGCAGUGGCGCGUUGUGGGUGCUGCUCCCGGGUGGGGAUCCGCAGUGUGCGGAACACUGGAGACUUCGGCGCUGUUGGCUGACAAGCAGAGGCACACUCUGCGUCAGCACAGCUCCAGCGACGGUUCAGCAGGAUGGCAGCAAGUUGAUGUACCGGGCGCCCGACAACAAGGCGCCGACAAGUUUUCCAGUGGAAGUGGGAAGCUCCUAUGGUGAGCUUUCAGAGGAUGAGGCUGCACGUCCCUUUGGCUUCCAGGUGAAGAACAAGGGCUCCAGCCUACUCCUGGCGGCGGGUUCGGAAGAGCAGCGGGAUGAGUGGUUCAACCUUCUUGGCCACUUCUCAGACCCCGAUCGCCGAAAGGGACCGCCACCAGCUGUUGGAAAGAUCCUGUCGCCACGGGCAGAAGGACUUGGGGGCACUCAGGUGGUGGACGAAAUCGGCCCGACGGACAUCCCAAUGCCAGGUCCCAAACCGAGCCCCAAGGAGGCGGACUCUGCUGGCGUGCUGAAGCCAAUCUUGAAGUCAAAGCCAUCGACCUCCACAAACGCGCCGGUGCCGGCCAUCCGAAUCCCGCGGCGGAUGCCCUCGGACCCCACAGAGGCCAUCGGCGACAGUACUCGGCGUAGCUCCAUCCGCUUCUCUGACGAUGUGGAGCGUCGUGAGUUUGCCGUCUCCCGCGCAGAACCUGUCCCUCAGAAUCUGCGGGCGCACGAGAGCCGGCGAAAGGCCCCUGUCCUUGUCGCCACGGCCAAGACGGCGAGCGGUCAGCCGGUACAGGUUCGCAUGUCGCCCCGCACGAAUUCGAGUCCCGGGACCCCUCGGGUCGUCGUGCAGCCCACUGCGGUCCGCACACCGGAAGGCCAGCAGCAGGGUGGGCAGGACAUCUCGGACCCGAUCGAUGCGAAUGUCGUAGCGGAUUCUUCCCAAGCGCCUUCAGCCGACGCGAAACCGUCCGAGGCCGCGAAGCCACAGGAGGUGGCGGAGCCCGAGGCUGCGACUCCGGAGGCUGCGAAGCCAGCAGAGGUUGCGAAGCCACCAGAAGUCCCCACAGGACCGAAGCAGGCGCCCUCCACUCCGACCGUAGCAAAGUCGGCGGCGCCAAAGCUGAGCCCCGAAGUGAUGCAGGCCGUCUUGGGUUCAGGGUGUUGGGGGACAUCGUGUGAUUGUGGGCUUAAGACCUGUAGAUUGGAGGGUCUGUGUAUAGUGGUAGUCAGACAGCCCAGCUGGCCCCGAAGCUAA